AUGUUAUAUAGUAUUUGUCAAUCAUCAUCAUCAUCAAUAGAAUAUGAUUCUUCUUUCAAAUUGAAUUCCAAAAUCAAUGGCACUCAAGGUUUUUCUAGUGAACAAGGAACCAAUGGAGUAACAGCUCCUAUUUCACACGAUAAAAGUUCAGAUAGAGAUUUCAAAAAGAAAAAAAUGUUAUUUAAACAUCUUGGAAAUAUUAAUUUUAAUUGUCAAUCAUCUUCAUCUUCAUCUUCAUCUUCAUCCAAAAUCAAUGGUACACAAGGUUUUUCGGGUGAACAAGGAUCCAAUGGAGUAGCAGCUCCAAUUAGACGUAGAAUGAGUGGAAAUAGUAAUGAUCUUCCAAAUGAACCGAAUAUGAGUCAUCUGGGUUCAAAAGACUAUCAGAAUGUCUAUGAACCAGCACAAGAUUCAUUUCUGUUUAUUGAUGCUCUAAAGAAGGAUGUCGAGUAUCUGAAGGGAUUGCGACCACUCGUUGCCGUGGAGAUUGGAUCGGGCAGUGGUUUCGUCAUCAGCUAUCUAUCGAUGCUACUCAAUAACGAUGGUUAUUUCUUGUCGACCGAUAUCAACCCGAUCGCUGCAAUGACCAGCACCCGAACAGCUACACACAACAACGUGCGUCUCGAUGUAGUGAACACCUCGUUUCUCAGUGGCAUAGACCGACUGCUUGGCAAUGUAGAUGUACUGCUCUUCAAUCCUCCCUACGUUCCGACGCCAUCCGAAGAGAUCGAGCAAGGUGGUAUCGCCGCAUCUUGGGCAGGUGGAAUAGACGGUCGUGAAGUAAUAGAUAAACUACUUCCACAAAUAAGUAAUAUACUAUCAGAGAAAGGAUGUUUCUAUAUUGUUUUGGUUGAAGAAAAUAAACCAGCUGAAGUGGUGGCAAUCAUGAAGAAAUAUAAUUUUAAACACAAAGUGGUUGGAUACAGACAAGCAUUUAAUGAAAAACUUUAUAUCGUAAAAUUCUACAGAAGUUAA